AUGGAAAACGGUAUCCCCGAAGGGUAUCAUUCGCAUGAGAUUCAUGACACCCUUUAUGUUGUACCACUUCGCUAUUCCGGCUUUCAGUCCAUAGGAUAUGGUGCUCAGGGAACGGUUGUGUCUGCCGACGAUUCUGAGCUGAAAACACGAGUGGCUAUCAAAAAGCUUCGCACACCAUUCCAAAAUGUCACACAUGCUAAAAGAGCGUACAGAGAACUCGUCCUAAUGCGACUACUGAAACACAAAAAUAUCAUAUCGUUGUACAACAUCUUCAGUCCUCAAAAUACGCUGGAAAAUUUUCAGGAUGUUUACCUCGUCAUGGAGUUAAUGGAUGCCAAUUUGAGUCAGCUAAUGAACGUCGAACUGGAUCAUGAACGGAUAUCCUACCUAUUGUAUCAGAUGCUGUGUGGCGUUCGGCAUUUGCAUUUAGGUGGCAUCAUUCAUCGAGAUUUGAAACCGACUAAUAUUGCCGUACGGCAGGAUUGCGUACUGAAAAUCCUUGAUUUUGGUCUCGCCCGAAUCAAUGCAAACAAUGAUGCUUUGACGCCCUACGUGGUCACACGGUAA